GUGGGACCGUUGUUUAAAUGUAGGGAAUAAAGCAUAUUCCACUACUUUUUAAAUGUGUCACCUCUUUUAAUUUGAGUUGAAAUGCUGUUUCUUUAGUUUCUAUUUAGUUUCUAUCAUAACAACGUAUUUAUCACCUGCCUCACAUACAUUUGAUCCGUGUUCUUCUUCUCAAUCUCCACUUUAGCUCAUUCUGCUGAGUCAGUAAACGGCUUUAAAUGUUAUCCACAGCUUCCAAAGGUAGCUGAAAACACAAAUGUUGCUCGUUAUUGCUUAACUUAAGAACAUUCCCUGUUUCAAUGUGAAAUGUAUCAUUGUGUAAAUGUAAAGUGAUGAAUCACUUUACAGUUAGAUUUGAGCUCUACGUGGUAUCGUGUGUCUGGGCCUCUGUUUGCAGCGAGACUCGGUGUGUGAGCGAGUCGGUGCGAGACAGGGGUUUGUUUUUUUCGCGGGGACGGGCGUCGCCAGGGUAACGGCCCCCGGAGGCAGAUAAUUGUUGGGACUGCCUCGCGCAAUUCAGGAGGAGCGAGGAGGCAGCGGCAGGGGGGCGAGGGAAGGAUUUACGAAAGAGCAGGAGGAGAGCGAUGUGGGAGUCCGUCACCGAUUGGCUCUCCCGUCCAUCCUCUCAAUUGCAACGCAACGCCCCCCCACCCUCGCGGCCUCCGUGUUGGGUUGCCGUCUCUCUAGUCGCACUAGCUGAGCAGUAGGAGCAGGACGGGGGGUAAGGAUCAGUGCUUCUCCUCCCCGGAAGGUCAAGGUGGGGGGAGCGAUGGAGGACGAGCGCGGGGGGGACAGGUUGGCGAGGGACCAGCUGGAGCUGAGUGAGCGCCACCGUAAGGAGGACGAGGAAGUGCUAUGUGCGGACCGAGUGGGCCAGAUGACCAAGACCUACAACGACAUCGACGCCGUCACGCGUCUCCUGGAGGAGAAGGAGAGAGACCUGGAGCUGGCCGCCAGGAUCGGCCAGUCGCUCCUCAAGAAGAACCGGUCCCUGACCGAGCAGAACGACUACCUGGAGGAGCGCGUGGCGCAGAUCGCAGAAGAGGUGGCGCAGCUGCACCACGAGCUGAACCUGAAGGACGAGCUGCUGCAGAUCUACACCAACGCGGCGGACGAGAGCGAGGAGGACGAGUCCGCCAGCCCCCCGACGGGCAAGAGGAGUGCGGUGGAAGGCGCUUUGGGCGGGACGCUCCAGAGGAAACUCAAGGAGCUGGAGGAGGAGAACGUUUCCCUCCGCUCGGAGGCGCACCAUCUGAAAUCAGAGACGGAAAUUUAUGAAGAAAAGGAGCAGCAGCUGGUCAACGAAUGUGUGAAAGAGCUCCGGAUGUCCAGCCUCCAGAUCUCCACCAUAGCGGAGGAAUUGGCUCGCAAGACUGAGGACGCUUCGCGCCAGCAGGAGGAGAUCACGCACCUCCUCUCCCAGAUAGUGGACCUGCAAAAGAAAGCCAAAUCUUUUGCGGUGGAGAACGAGGAGCUUUCUCAACACCUGGUGGCCGCCAAGGAUGCCCAAAAGCAGCUUACAGCGGAGCUGCAGGAGUUGGAUGAGAAGUAUUUAGAGUGCAUCGAGAUGCUGCAAGAGGCCCAGGAGGAGCUGAAGAACCUGAGGAACCGGAACGUCUCCGCUGGGACUCCGAGGCGCUACCAUCCUCUGGGGCUGUACCCGAUGGAUUCUCUGGCGGCGGAGAUCGAGGGAACGAUGAGGAAGGAGAUGAGCCUGGACGACCCCGAGUGUGAGGAGCAGAAGGUCCAUCGGAGGCGCGUGUUCGAGACGGUGAAAAACGUCAACCAGACGGUCCGCCAGCGCUCGCUGACCCCGACCAGCGCCAACAUCCCGGGCUCCAACCAGUCUCUGUCGGCGCGGACCUCGCCCCAGUCCAGCGGCCUCUGCACGCCCCGCGCCGGCGAGCUCGGGGGCGAGGACGGCGUCGCCCUCGACAACCGGACGCAGAGCAUCCUGAUGGAGACGGCGGCCGGCCGGGACGGCCGGGAGAAGACGGCCAACGGCGCCGAGGACCUGCGGCUCGCCCUGCGGCGCCUGUCCCUGCGGCGGCAGAACAACCUGAGCGAGCGGCGCUUCUUCGAGGACGAGAGGGAGCGGAGACGCGGCGGCGGCGGCGGACACGGAGGCCCGCGCCAUUCCCCGAGCCGGGAGGGCGCGCUGACCCCGUCGGAGAGCAUCAUGUCCCUCGGGAACCUCCACCUGUGGGCCUCGCGGGGGCCCUACCUCCCCGACAAACUGCAGAUCGUCAAACCGCUGGAAGGCUCCGCCACGCUGCACCACUGGCAGCAGCUGGCCCAGCCGCACCUCGGCGUGAUCCUGGACGCCAGGCCGGGCGUCGUGCCGAAGGGCUACAGACCCCUCGAACUAGAGCUGGAGCAGGCGUAUCCGUGGGGGGGCCUUGGGGAGGAGGAGGAACCAGGGGAGCAGUACUUCCAGAACCUCCCCACCUCCGCCGCCUUGCCAGCCGUGCCACCCGCGCCCUCCGGCACGGUGGAGGCCGACCCCCCGGGCCCGCCCGCGCCCAGCCUCGCUCCACCGUCCCCGCCCUCCCCGUCCCCGUCGCCACACCUCAGCAACACGGACGUCCUGGCUGGGUACUACCCGGGUAAAUCCAUGGCCCACACCAGCUCCACCUACACCUUCACCACGUGCCGGAUCCUCCACCCGACCGACGAGCUGACGCGGGUCACGCCCAGUCUGAACACAGUCCCGACGUCGUCAUCGUCCUGCGUGAUGACCAGCAGCCUGCUCGCCACCCCGGGCGCCACGCCCUGCACGCCCCGCAGGCUCGGCCUGCGGCCCUCCGAGUCCUCGACCAACCUCAGAGACGCGACGCGCACCACCAGCACCUCCCUGGGCUUGGUGCGCCUCCUCCAGGAGAGAGGGAUCUCCGCGGCCAUGUACCACCAGAGCCAGGGCAACGCAGGAGUCCUGUUCAGCACCUCCGUCGCCCCCAACCGGGGGGCGCCGCGCCCCGACCCCCUGCGCCGCUCCGCCGCUCCCGGCUCGCCGGCCGCGGGGGGGGAGGCCGCGUCGGCCGCGCCGACGCCCGCGGGCUUCGACUUCAAGAGCCCCUCCUACGACAACUUCCUGACCUCCAGACCGGCGCGCUCCAUCCUGAUGGAGGUGACGGGGGAGACGAGGGGCAGGCAGAGGGGGAGGGAUUGCGAGAGCCAGACGGACGUCAGCGUGACCGUCCACAACCUGAACCUGCUGGACAAGGUGAGGCGGCUGGGCGUGCCCGGGGCGCCGGGGGGCGGAGCCAUGAGUCCCGCCCCCAUCCUGGGGCCCCUGGGAGGGCUGCGCAGGUCCGGCUCCGCUUUCGGGCCCGAUGGAAUGAGGAGGAACCGGAGUUAUCCGGCUGGGGUCGGGGCCAGCAUGGCCAUGAAAGCCCCGGGGCCCCCGGAGUAGUGACCGCCGGUCAGCCCCCCCCCCCCCCCCCGCGGCCGAGACACUGAGCCACACUUUUCCCGCACUGCGCUGACCAGCCGCUCAUCAUCACGCUCUCUGAAGGGGACGCCCCGACUGAAAAAAAUGGAAAUAAGCCCGCUACGCCGGUCGCUACGCCGGCCGCUACGCCGGUUGCUACGCCGGUUGCUAGGCAGGUUGCCACGCCAACCGUGCAAACAUGGCCGGCCACGUUGAUUUGAAUGGGAAUCGUACUUCUAUUUUAUUUCUAUGGCGCCACAAAAUGCAGCCCGGGGCUAAAAGGCUAACUGAAUGCUAGCGGGCUGAAGCCGUUGGCCGAUGAGCGUUGAAAGGCACCGCUGAGGCCCCUGCAAACAUGUCACUGCACGGCUCUCUGACCUAUUGCAUAUUUGAAUGCUUCGGGUUCAUUAAAAAAAAAUGUAUUCAGCCUGAAAUUUGCAUUUGACAGCUAUACUCACACGUAGCGUUAAGCGAUCUGAGUCUUCCCAUCAUGCUGAUUGCUCACUUCUGUCUUUUUAUCAAAUUUAUUUAUUAUUUUCUUUUCGGUAUGACAACUUGUAAAAACG